GGUUUUCGUCAUUUUGUUCGAGCAUGAUGCGUCAUGUCACUAGUUAGAGUAUAAAUAUCCAAGAAAAAGGAUGUAGACGGAGAAAAGGGCGUCACUGUUCACGAACCUUUAUGAAGCUGUCUCAAUUGGUAAAGUUCCUGAGGACAACACUUGGAAACGCUUGACUCUCUCUCUCUGCGAAUCCAAAUGAAAAAUCAUUCUUUAGCCCUGAGCCUGCUCCUGGUAAUAAUCUGCGUCGGUGUUUCCAUCAUCAGCUCGAAGCUUAACCGUGGAGAAAUGAGAGUCUCGCCCUCUAAAUUAGACAUGGGUUCUGCGAUUCCCACCGAGAUUCAUGGAGUGAAGAUCCUGAAGCAGCCUUCGGAGUCCAUGCUUGCCGAGCUUGACGCACCCUCUUGGCCCAAGAUAAAAAUGUAUACGCUGAUGAAUGGGAGAAAAUUCGACAGAUGGGAGGGCGGUCCGAGCAAGUUUCCAUGGACAUUUGAAGCAACAGAGACGAUGUAUUUCGUGGAAGGGAAAGUGAAGGUGUACGUAGGUGGGCAUGAGGCAGAAGAAGAGGCGUUUGAAAUAGGGGCAGGAGACAUGGUCGUUUUCCCUAAAGGCAUGAAGGUUGUUUGGGAGAUAACUAAGGCCGUCAAGAAGCACUACAGCUUGGAGAAGUAAGUGGUUCAGUUUCUCCUCUCUCAGCUCCUUGUGUCUUUGCCAUUUAAUAUAUAUAACAAAGUGAAUUGUCUCAUUGACCUUGAACUGUAUUCUAAAUCCAAUGCCAGACAAAUGAAAUAUUUAUAUAUAUAUAUAUAUGAAACAUAUUUA